GACAAGUAAACAAAUCAUUUUGUCCGUAUAUCCCUUUCCUUCGAAGCAAACAAAUAUUUAUAUCCAGUCUCAGUCUCUCCGCUCGUUAGUCUGAUUCAGACGUGUCGGCAAGCACUUAAAACGAAAAUAUACAAUGUCCUAUUCUAGCCGCUUUGGCUUUGAUUUCCAUCUGCCCGAUGAGGGUUGGUGCUACCCCAAGGACGACAUGUUCUUUCGCCGUAGUGCCGAGUGGGUGCCGUUGGAGAGCGCUGGUGUGGGUCGCUCAUUUGCCAACACGAACAGCGUGAUCUAUCCACGAAUCACUGGCAUGGUGCCGCGCUAUGGAGGACAUGUGCCGGGCGAGAUUUUCAAGGUCGGCACCACUUACGGACGCGCCACCAUCGACGCCAAGCGUUGGCUGGCCCUGCACCGCGAAUAAGUUUUUUAAAUCUCUUCUAGAAUUGUCAAAUUAGCUGUGUUAUGCCCAAUAAAUAUUGUUCUGCGUUCAAAUUUCAAAUUA